AUGGCAACAGAGGCUGCCGUUGACAAAGCUGCCGAUGCCACUGCCUCUCAGUCCCAGCCUGCGCCCGACGCUCACAAUGUCGAUCCCGUCCGCUCGAAUUUGAAUGGCAGUGCCGGCAACGAUGAUAUUGAGAACAAGCAUAUUACGAGUGUCGAAGAUCAGCUCACUUCCGCCGAUGCCAGUGCUAGCGGAGGGUCGGAUACGGAGACAUCGCGUGCAGAUGGUUCAAAGAGCAAGGAUGAAGACAAAGGGCAUGGUCGCGCAGGCUCAACAGUCAAGAAACCCGCUACGUUCAAGGCUGUCUCUGUCAAUAAGACCUUCCUUGCAACGAAGGCUGCUGCCAAUAGCGCUUCAGCCAAGGUCGCCGAGAAACAACCUACUGGUUCCAGCACUCCCCCGACAAGCUCGGCGACUCUCUCUUCCUCGCGACCUCGACUUAUAGCCAAGACGGGCAGCAGCACGCGCGACUCAUCACCUCGGUUCUCCGGAGGCGUUAAUGGAGGAAAACCCGGUAGUGCGCCGGAUGCAAGUGCGGUUUGGAACAAGAACCGACCUGUUCCUCCCCCUGAACCAAAGAAGUUGACUGAUGAGGAGCUGAAGAAGUAUGGCAUUCAUAUGGCCAGUCGAUUAAACGAAGAUGAUGCGCAAGGACAAAACAAAUGGGCGGACAUUGACGAUGAUGAUGACGAUUGGGCUCCUGAAGCUAUCACCUGGGGUGAUGGCACAAAGACGACCCUGCCUCACCCAGAUGAAAAUCCUCCCCCACCGCCCUCCGACAGUGGUUCUGUUGCAUCAAAAGGAAAGACCCUCGAUAAACCACGAUCUCCGGCUCCUCCUAUUUCUGUGAGCUCCCCAUUGACAAAAUCGAGCAAUCUUGCCCAGGGCAAGGGACUUGUAUUGAAGAGUGGUUCUCAGGACAAGCCCACUCUUGUCGCCAAACCCCCGGCACCUCCGGUGCCAGUAAAGUCUCCAUGGGCAACUCUACCUCCCGUCGAAAAAGCUUCACCGAUUCCGGAACCUGCCACUCUUGCUAGACAACCAUUCAACAAGGGCAUGACACCGCCUCCUCCCAAGGAAAUCGCAGCCGAUGAUUUUAACCGACACGCAUGGAGAGACGGCUCAUCCCAUGGAAACCGGGAGUUGUAUAACUCUCACUCUGGGCGUUAUGAACCUGUGCAAGAUAAUCGACGUGGUUCGAUGCGAAUGGAGCAGCACCCUAGGAACCACCCGUCCCUGUUACAACGACCACCUCAGCUGGAUUACCCAGCCGAGCCCUCUGGUGCGUUCCAAACCAGCAGAGCCAGCCAGGAACCUCCUUUUGGUAGACGACGAGGAUCUUCUAAUGUCAGUGGUGGAAGUGGCUCGUUUAUGCAGCGUAUGAACAAGGGGAGCGAUGGUUCGCUCCCUCCACCAGAACAACAUGAUGUUCGUAGGCCGUCCUUUGUGGGCUCUGUUGAUAGCCCUGUGUCACCCGGCCUCUUAGGCCCAGCGCAUGGCCCGCCAAGGGGUCAGCAUCAAUCUAAUUGGAUGCCUCCCCGCGCAUCUCCUAGCCCUGCCGUUGCGCAACCACACCAUAAUGAGCCUCUCCCAGAGCAAGUCGCUGGACCACCACCUCCGGUUCACCCUGGUGAUGACGUCGAAUACCAGAGAAAGCUUAUGCGAGAGCGUAGGGAGUCGGCUAGAAAGCGAAAACAAGAGGAAGAAGCUCGUGAGGAAGCCGAGCGCAGAGAGCGCAUCCAAAAGAAGUUAGAUGCUAUGGGACCUGCGCCAGAGAAAAAGACAGCAAAGAAGGAGUCUGCAGACAAGUCCAAUGAUGUUUCGCAUCCUACACAUAUUCAACAACGAGAGAGCCCUGGAGCUUCGAGCCAGCCUCCUGCAGUGCAAAAUGAUGGUGAUCAUUCGGCUGCUCAUGAGCGGCCACAAGAUUCUGAAAGCCAAAUAACGAAUUCAUCUCCAAGGCAGGGAGCUGCUGCCAGGCGUGUAUCUCAUAGUCAAGAAGCCAAGCCCACCGAGCUUUGGGGAGCAGCUGCGGCCUCACGACAGGACCGAGCCGUUUCGACAUGGGGCACCGGAUCACAGCCAGUGGCCCGCAAUGUCUGGGGCUCCCCUAAUAAUGACAGAGGCCUCGGUAAUGGUACUUUCAGCACGGAUAUCGGGCGUCUGCCUUUGGACAGCCGCCCGACUUCUCAAGGAGGCAAGGGUCCGUCACCUAUUGCUCCUCCUAACGUUACCCAACAGCCUUCACAACCUCGACAGCCCCCGGCUCCUAUUGGUUCUGGACCUGCGCGGUAUGGUUCCUCUGGUCCUCGUCCCGCUCCAACAUCCGAUGUGGCGAAUAAAUGGAUUAACGCUGUCGGUGAAAACGACAAGAAGAUGAGCGCCAGUCGAUUAGUAGAUAAGAUUGAGCGUGAUCGCCAACUUGCUGAGCGCGGUCUAACCCUCGAGGAUGCCCAACCUGUCAUUAAAGACACCUGGCGUCAAGUCCACGCUCCCGGCGAUGGUACACGACGAUCUAUCGGCCCUCAAGAUGCACAGCCCGCAGGUCCCUGGAGGACUGCUGGCGAUGAAGCAACAGAGGACUUUAAUAAUGUUACAGUGGCCGGUGGCACAAUUGGCACAGGAGCGGCUUCUCAAGGCCGUUCUUCGCGAUUCUUCCCAACAAGGGACCCUUAUGACAGGACCAGCGAGAACGAGCCAUCGCGCUCAAAAUCGCCAACUCCUCCCCCGCCCACUAUGGAAGGUCAUCCAGCCUAUGAGGGCAAUGCGCAGAGACCUCAUGUGUCGCUCCCUCCACCUCAGCCAGUAGUAAGACUGCCGCCAUCUAUGGCAGCCUCGCAACCUCCUGCAAGUCAUGUGCAAUUCGGCUGGGCCCAUCCACCUACCUUUAAGGAUGUCGUACGGGGCCCUGUCAGCCCCAGCCGUCUCCCCUUGUCAACUGGCGAGUCUUCACAGGAGAAAUGGCAGAACCGAAUCAACAGCUUGCUCGGAAGCUCGAAAUCACCACCUCAACGAUCUAUUGGCGUUGAUCCUGCAAGUAAGAGCGCUUUGGACCAGGUCGCCCACCAUGAUUCUGCUACAGUCUCUCUGCCCGGAAACGGCGCCCCAACUCACUCCACUAAGGGCAGACCGUCAUCUAUCACCAAGCCCAUGGCUGAAGAGUGUUUUGAAGAACAGGAAAUGGGAUCUCUUCCCCAGAUCCGACUACCGCACAAGGCCCCCGAGGCCGCCUGGCAGCCAGCAUUGGCACAGAACAAGCCUUUACCAAAGAAGUUUGCGGUUCAGCCAACUGCUAUGGAACCAUACUACUUUGCUGCAGAAGUAGUCGGUGGCGGCAAUGCUAUGAGAAUUCGUUUGCCCGAAAUGAAAGACACCAAAAUUGUCACUGUCCCUUUCUCCGCAACUAGAGGCGGUCGAGGCUCAUCAACUCGGGGUGGUCCUAGGAGUCGUGGCUCUGGUUACGAGCGACGAGGAGGUAAACGAGAUGUGUCAAGUUCGCGAGGGGAGCAUCCUACAUCAACAUCAACUCGAGGAGGCCGUGGUAGCUACCGUGGCCGAGGCUCCGAUUGGGGCCGCAACAAUUCUGCCUCACUGACUGCUUAG